GCGGGACCCUCUGGAGGAGCCGCCUCUUUUUCCCAAGGGCUACGGGAUCUUGCUGCUGCCAAUCGCCCGAAAGCAAAGAAGAAGGUAGUGAAGCCGAGGACGGAGACCGCUUCCUCUCUGGAUACGACUGUUGACCGCCCCGCUCCUCCGACCGCUCCGACAGUGGCUCCAAGCUUGGCGGUCGAGGGGACUUCUGUUUCUGUUCCAGUGACGAGAGCCUCUGGGAAGAGACCGCAAGAGCCGCCUGUCUCUACUGCGGCUGCUAAGCGUGGAAGGAUGGGAGCUUCUCCCGCUAAACCUGGAGUUCAGCGCGGGAACACCGCUCAGAAGUCUGAUCAGACGCAGUCUGUGGAAAUCUCUCCUUUGGCGGCCACUGAUACCGAGGCCGCCGAGCUGGCUCUGCAUACCGUCAGUGACCGCCUGGUCAUGCCUUCGGAGUAUACCUCCUCCUCAGAAGGAUGCAACCGUCGGUUGGCGGGAAUUGCUUCCCAAUUUUUCUUCUCA